GGAGAUGCAGCGGGGAGCCGCGCUGUGCCUGCGCCUGUGGCUCUGCCUCGGACUGCUCGACGGCGAGCGCGGCCUGGCGAAGGGCUACUCCAUGACCCCCCCAACCCUAAACAUCACAGAGGAGACACACAUCAUUGACGCCAGUGACAGCCUGUCCAUCUCCUGCAGAGGGCAGCACCCCCUUGAGUGGUCCUGGCCAGGGGCUCAGGAGGCACCAGCCACAGGGGAGAAGGACGGCGAGGACACAGGGGUGGUGCGAGACUGCGAAGGCACAGACACCAGGCCCUACUGCAAGAUACUGCUGCUGCAGGAGGCCCGGGCCAACGACACGGGCAGCUACCGCUGCUACUACAAGUACAUCAAAGCCCGCAUCGAGGGCACCACGGCCGCCAGCACCUACGUGUUCGUGAGAGACGUGGAGCAGCCGUUCAUCAACAAGCCAGAUACGUUCCUGGUCAACAGGAAGGACUCCAUGUGGGUGCCCUGCUUGGUGUCCAUCCCUGGCCUCAAUGUCACGCUGCGAUCGCAAAGCUCAGUGCUGCGGCCCGACGGGCAGGAGGUGGUCUGGGAUGACCGCAGGGGAAUGCGCGUGCCCACACCGCUGCUGCGGGACGCCCUCUACCUGCAGUGUGAGACCACCUGGGGUGGCCAAGACUUCCUAUCCAACCCCUUCCUCGUGCACAUCACAGCAGGCAAUGAGCUCUAUGACAUCCAGCUGUUCCCCAAGAAGUCGCUGGAGCUGCUGGUCGGAGAAAAGCUGGUCCUGAACUGCACCGUGUGGGCCGAGUUCAACUCGGGCGUCACCUUCGACUGGGACUAUCCAGGGAAGCAGGCAGAGCGGGGUAAGUGGGUGCCAGAGCGGCGCUCCCAGCAGACUCACACAGAGCUCUCCAGCAUCCUGACCAUCCACAACGUCAGCCAGCACGAUCUGGGCCCAUACGUGUGCGAGGCCAACAACGGCAUCCAGCGAUUCCGGGAGAGCACCGAGGUCAUUGUGCACGAAAAGCCCUUCAUCAGCGUCGAGUGGCUCAAGGGUCCGGUCCUGGAGGCCACAGCAGGAGACGAACUGGUGAAGCUGCCCGUGAAGCUAGCGGCGUACCCCCCACCAGAGUUCCAAUGGUACAAGGACAGAAAGUCAGUGUCCGGGCGCCAGAGUCCGCAUGCCCUGGUACUCAAGGAGGUGACGGAGGCCAGUGCGGGCACCUACACCCUGGCCCUGUGGAACUCCGCGGCCGGCCUGAGGCGCAACAUCAGCCUGGAGCUAGUGGUAAACGUGCCACCCCACAUCCAUGAGAAGGAGGCCUCCUCCCCCAGCACCUACUCCCGCCACAGUCGCCAGGCCCUCACCUGCACCGCCUACGGGGUCCCCCCUCCUCUCAGCGUCCAGUGGCACUGGCGACCGUGGACUCCCUGCAAGGCCUUCACCCAGCGCAGCCUCAGCCGGCGGCAGCAGAGAGACCACAUGCCACAGUGUCGGGACUGGAGAGAAGUGACCACGCAGGAUGCCGUGAAUCCCAUUGAAAGCCUGGACACGUGGACCGAGUUUGUGGAAGGGAAGAAUAAGACGGUGAGCAAGCUAGUGAUCCAGAACGCCAAUGUGUCUGCCAUGUACAAGUGUGUGGUCUUCAACAAAGUGGGCCAGGAUGAGCGGCUCAUCUACUUCUAUGUGACCAACAUCCCCGAUGGCUUCAGCAUAAAAUCCGAGCCAUCGGAGGAGCCCCUGGAGGGCCAGGAGGUGCGCCUGAGCUGCCGGUCUGACAACUACACCUACGAGCAAAUGCGCUGGUACCGCCUCAACCUGUCCACACUGCACGACGCCCACGGGAACCCGCUGCUGCUUGACUGCAAGAACGUGCACCUCUUCGCUACGCCUCUGGCCGCCCACCUGGAGGAGGCAGAGCCAGACGCGCGCCACGCCACGCUCACCUUGACCAUCCCCAGCGUGGCGCCUGAACAUGAGGGCGACUAUGUAUGCGAGGUGCAGGACCGCCGCAGCCACGACAAGCACUGCCACAAGAAGUACCUGUCAGUGCAGGCCCUGGAAGCCCCGCGUCUCACGCAGAACUUGACGGACCUGCUGGUGAACGUGAGCGACUCCCUGGAGAUGCGGUGCCCAGUGGCCGGGGCACACGUGCCCAGCAUCUUGUGGUACAAAGAUGAGAGGCUGCUGGAGGAAGAGUCUGGAAUAGACCUGGUGGACUCGAACCAGAAGCUGAGCAUACAGCGUGUGCGUGAGGAGGACGCGGGCCGCUAUCUGUGCAGCGUGUGCAACGCCAAGGGCUGCGUCAACUCCUCUGCCAGCGUGGCUGUGGAAGGCUCCGAGGAUAAAGGCAGCAUGGAGAUCGUGAUCCUCAUUGGCACUGGUGUCAUCGCUGUCUUCUUCUGGGUCCUCCUCCUCCUCAUCUUCUGUAACAUGAGGAGGCCAGCCCACGCAGACAUCAAGACCGGCUACCUGUCCAUCAUCAUGGACCCCGGGGAGGUGCCUCUGGAGGAGCAGUGUGAAUACCUGUCCUAUGACGCCAGCCAGUGGGAGUUCCCCCGGGAGCGGCUGCAUCUUGGGAGAGUCCUUGGCCAUGGAGCCUUCGGUAAGGUGGUGGAAGCCUCUGCUUUUGGAAUCCACAAGGGCAGCAGCUGCGACACUGUGGCUGUGAAAAUGCUGAAAGAGGGUGCCACAGCUAGCGAACAUCGAGCCUUGAUGUCGGAGCUCAAGAUCCUAAUCCACAUCGGUAACCACCUCAAUGUAGUCAACCUCCUGGGAGCGUGCACCAAGCCGAAUGGCCCCCUCAUGGUGAUCGUGGAGUUCUGCAAGUAUGGCAAUCUCUCCAACUUCUUGCGCGCCAAGCGGGAGGCCUUCAGCCCCUAUGCGGAGAAGUCCCCUGAGCAGCGAAGGCGCUUUCGAGCCAUGGUAGAAGGUGCCAAAGCGGACCGGCGGAGGCCGGGAAGCAGCGAGCGGGCCCUCCUCUCCCGGCUCCUGAUGGGCAAGGGCGGGGCUGGACGGGCCCCUCCGGCCCAAGAAGCCCAGGACCUGUGGCUGAGCCCACUGACCAUGGAGGACCUCAUCUGCUACAGCUUCCAGGUGGCCCGAGGGAUGGAGUUUCUGGCCUCCCGCAAGUGCAUCCACAGGGACCUGGCUGCUCGGAACAUCUUGUUGUCAGAAUGCGACGUAGUGAAGAUCUGUGACUUCGGCCUGGCUCGUGACAUCUACAAAGACCCCGACUACGUGCGCAAGGGCAGUGCCCGGCUGCCCCUGAAGUGGAUGGCCCCCGAGAGCAUCUUUGACAAGGUGUACACCACACAGAGUGAUGUAUGGUCCUUUGGGGUGCUGCUCUGGGAGAUCUUCUCCCUGGGGGCCUCCCCCUACCCAGGGGUGCAGAUCAACGAGGAGUUCUGCCAGCGGCUAAAGGAGGGCACAAGGAUGCGAGCCCCAGAGUUAGCCACUCCUGCCAUACGCACCAUCAUGCUAAGCUGCUGGUCAGGGGACCCCAAAGAGAGGCCUGCGUUCUCAGAGCUGGUGGAGAUCCUGGGGGACCUGCUGCAGGGUGGGGGCCGACAGCAGGAGGAGGACUGCAUGGCCCCCUGUGGCUCUCAGAGCUUGGAUGAGGGCAGCUUCUUGCAAGCAUCCACCACUGCCCUGCACGUGGCCGAGGCAGACCCUGAGGACAGCCCAUCGAGCCUGCACCGGCACAGCCUGGCCGCCAGAUACUAUAACUGUGUGUCCUUUCCCGGGUGCCUGGCCAGAGGGACUCAGAUGCAGGACUCCUCCAGGAUGAAGACGUUCGAAGAAUUUCCCAUGACCCCGACGAUCUACAAGGCCUCCGUGGAUAACCAGACAGACAGUGGGAUGGUGCUGGCCUCCGAGGAGUUUGAGCAGCUGGAGAGCAGCAGCUGUAAAGGACCGGGCCGGAACGUGGACGUGACCAGGGCUCACCCUGAUAUCCAAGGGCGGCGGCGGCGGCCAGACCGGGGGACACGGGGAGGGCAGGUGUUCUACAACAGCGAGUACGGGGAGCUGGCGGGGCCCCAGGAUGAGGGCGACCGCCCCCCGUCUGCCCGCGCCCCCUUCUUCGCAGAUGAUAGUUACUGAGUUACUUGCCCCGGGCAAGGCCGCCAAGACCCCGGGUGUGACAGCUGGUGGGGGCCGUGCCCAGAGGCAACCAGAGGGCUAGGAACUCUUCUCCCUCAGCUUGGAUAGGAGAUGUUUCCUCCUCCCUAGUUAGGAAGGGCAAGACCCAGGCUCCAGGGCUCCCCCAGACUCCAUCACUGCACCUGCCUCCCUAGGCCACCCUGCAGAUCCCCUGAGACUUUCUUCCCUCAAGAUUCAGAUUCCGUUCAGCCCCAUACCCAUGGGGACAGUCCUGAUUGCCUCCUCCCACCAUGGUGGGUGGGGGCUAGAUCCCCAUUUUCUGAGAAGGACUCUGAGGGUCUGAGAGUCACAGUGACGGACAUGGAACCAGACUUGAGCUGCAGACCCCAGGUCCUGCCCCACUGUCCACUCCACUCAUUCCCGUGGGAAUGGCUUUCUUGGCUCUCCAAGGCUGAGAGAAGGCGCCAUAUUUCCAUCUCAAACGAUGAACGAGAAGUUGGGGGGUGGGGUGUUCUCUCCUGAGCCCGGCCAAACAGCUUGCCCUCCAGGGGCCAUGGUCUCUGCUGGGCCAAGCAUCACAGUGUACCUUCCCUUGGGUGUUGACAACUAUCCAACAGAUGGUUUUUCAUUAGAACUUUAGAGACUCUGAGCUGCUGUGAAGAAUGUAUUUUUCAAAACUUUAGUCUGAGGGGAGCCCAGGGAAGGUCUUUGUGAAUCUAGACGGUUCUUACCUCUGACCUCCAGUCAGGUGCCGACAUAGCCCAGGCUGCUGCGGCCCCACCUUCCUGGCCCAAAACAGGAAGAAUCCACGGAUGGUCCCAAGUGGCCUAGUGUGAGAAAUGGCUGGUUUUUCCCUCGGGGGCCUGGAUCUGCCACCCAAACACCUUCCAAGCUGUGAAUGGCCCUUUAAAGAGCAAACACCGCGGGACCCAUUGAGGAAGGUCUUUGGUGCUGGCCCAGAGUGUGUGUUUCCCCCUAGUCUGGGCCUGAUGUUCUGCCUCUGCCCUCCCAGGGGAGUGGCCCAGGGCCCUCUGGAGGCUGGAGCUGUUCUGCCCAGCAACCCCCCCCAUUCCAGCACCCACUGCCCCUGGCCGGAGAAACCCUUCUCCAGUUAGCACCAUGGAGAAGGACAUCACCCCCCCUAAGCCCCCCCACGAGACGCUUGCAGGACAGGCGGCCGUGCAGCAAGCAGGGGCUGGCCCAGCAGAACACCCCCCCACCCCCUGUGUACUGUGCCUUUAAGACAUGUUGAACACAUGUGUGACUGUAACCCUCACGGUCCCCAGUGGCCCUCCUCCUCUGAUGUCACCGGACCAGGAGACCUGGGUCUCAGGUUUAGCUGGUGGAAGCCCAGAGGCCGUUCUCCCCGAGAGGAGCUAGGCUCCUGAGGCAAGGACAGGGGCGGCCCCCCAGGGCCCUCCCUCCAUGCAUACCACCUGUUUACGUCACCUCUCCCCCAUCACUUAACUACAUACACAAAAAUGUACUGGGAAGAAAACCCACCAUGGCCUUGUAGACCACGUGUUCUGAAAAGAUCUAAAAUAUUUAACAAAAGAUAAUAAUAAAUUUGAUGCCAGUCUUUGAGUUACA